CUCAUUGCAAGUGUUAUUUGCAAUAAUCGAGAGAAGUGGAUCUCCAGGAUAAUGCUAGAUCAUACUGCCCAAGUGGAUCAGAGGUUUUUAUGAUGCUGAAGAAGUGGGAAAUGGACGCUGUGAACUUAAUGUUUACAAGACAAUGCAGGAAGGAGACAUAAAUGGAGGACAUGUGCCAAGUCUUUGCUAGUUAUGCUGGUUGGUAAUGAAAGCUAAUACAAACCACAAAUUGGAGGCAAAUAUUCCAUCUAAACCUAUUUGAUCUGAAAUGUGCAAAACAACUAAUUGUUUGAUGCUGAUGGCUAGGCAAGGUUUGCAUGGUUAGAAAAAUAAAUCUACCAACGAGUAACUCCCUAUCCCAAAAGAGGAUGGGCGAUGGACUAGGAAGAAGAGAUUUAGGGUCUCCAUCCUUGCAUCACCCUACACACUCAUGGAUGCUCCAGUUUCUGUGGAAUGGGCGUGGAAUGCUUCCACUCCAGGAAGACAGCAUAAAGUCUCUCCUACAUCCAUCCACUUCAAUCAAAGUCUCGUGCCCAAGGACAGAGAUCUCGUUUCUCAAUCAAUAGGUCUCUUCUUCAUGCUGUUGGUUGACCUGGUCGGAAUAAUUGGGAACACGGCAGUGAUGCUUGUAAUUAUCAGGACCCCAUUGUUCAAAAAAUUUGUUUUUGUUUUCCAUUUGUGUGUAGUGGACCUGACAGCUGUCUUAAUCCUCAUGCCCUUAGGGAUGAUGUCCAGCUCCACUCUUUUUGACAACUUAAUUUUUGGUGACACUUUGUGCCGGAUAUACCUCUUCCUAAGCAUGUUAUUUAUAAGUGCAUCCAUACUGUCUAUACUGGCCAUUAAUGUUGAACGCUAUUAUUACAUAGUACAUCCCAUGAGAUAUGAGGUAAGGAUGACACUGAAGUUGGUAGUGUCUGUCAUUAUCUGCAUAUGGAUCAAAGCCACUUUGAUGUCAAUACUGUCAGUUUUGGGUUGGAAUUCCCAAAGGCACGUGAACAAUCAGUGUGCCUGGCAAUGGGGCGGAGAGAUAUAUGAAAAGGUUUUCAUAAUUUUCUUUGGCCUAUUUUAUUUCUUGUUCCCAGUGUUAGUUAUCCUGAUUGUUUACUGCAACAUGUUCAAAGUCGCCAGGGUCGCAGCACUACAACACGGACCCUUGCCCACCUGGAUGGACACACCUCGGCAAAGAUCAGAGUCACUCAGCAGUCAGUCCACCAUGGUCACCAGCUCUGGAGGGCCAAGGGCAUCCCCACAACGGACAUUCGGUGGAGGGAAGGCAGCCAUCAUCCUCUUCGUGGUUGGUGGCCAGUUUGUCGUCUGCUGGUUGCCAUUUUUUGCUUUUCACUUGCAUUCUGUUUUGAGCACGAGCUCGACCCAUCUGGACCUCUGGGAAACCAUCGUCACAUGGAUUGGGUACACAUCCUUCAGCAUCAACCCCUUCUUUUAUGGCUGCCUCAAUCGACAGAUCAGAGGGGAGCUAAGCAAGCACCUCAAUUGUCUCUUCAAACAGACUCUGGAAGAGGACCUCCGGUUGCCCAGCCGAGAAGGUUCCAUUGAGGAGAACUUUAUGCAGUUUUUGCAGAGGACAGGUUGCAACGCAGAAACCAGGUCUAGCUAUGAUGCUUCCAGUCCAAAGUUAGACCAGUCGGCAUUGGGUUUCAGGAUACCAGGUCAGAUUGUGGAGGAAACAUCAGAAUUCCUUGAACAACACAUAGCUACUGACUUUACAAUGUCCAACAGCUGUAUUCGAAUCAGCAGAUCUCCAAAACACGACGCUUAACAGCUAUCUGUGGAAUGAAUGAGUCGGUUGGUUGAUGUCAGUUAACACUAAAUGGUUAUAUCUCUCAUGAUUGUUUCCAGACAGAAGGUUAAUCCUAACAGAUAGGAAGCCUUAUAUUUGACUGGAUCCGCUUUUGUAUUCUUUAUCUUAGCUGAUUCCUGUUUUGAGUUACCUUUAAAGUUAUAAAUCAGUUAUCAGAAGCAAUCACACACUGAUCCGCUUUUGCAAAUAGGCCAAAUAUUCAUUCUAGAGGCCAUAUAUGAAGAUGGUGGCUAACCUUUGCUGUUUGUAGAUUUUAAACUGAUUCUACUUGUCUCUUAACAUUGUGCCUGCUUCCUCACUGAGGAGUUUAGGAUAGUUUUAGAUUGGCACUCGUUGGAGAGUGGAUCUGGUGAGUCGAAUAACAAUAAUAAUUUUGCAUUUAUAAAGCAUCUUUACCAUAAUAGAAAAUUCACAGCCACUUCACAGGAGCAAUAGCAGAUGAAAAUGGGACACAUAAUGAGAUAUUGGAAUAGGUGAACGAAAGCUUGGCCCAAGUUAUUGUCUUAGGAAAUGCCUUUAAGAUAGAGAGACAGAAAGACAAAGAUGUUUGGGGAGGAAAUUAUGGAGCUUGAGGCCCAAACAACUGCAAGCAUGGUGUCUAAAGAUGGAACAAUUAAAUUUGGGGAUGCUCAAGAGGCUAAUAUUGGCAGAGUGCAGGGGUCUCAGAGAGUUGUAGAUCCAGAUGAAGAGUUUAAGAUGAGCAAUUCCCUGAGGGAUUUAAAAACAAGGGUAAGAAUGUUAAAAGGAAGGCAUUGCCAACUGGUCCAUAUGUUUCAGCAAAUGCAGUGGGUCAAUAGGACAUAUAUGUUAGCAGAGUUUUGAAUGUACUGAACAUUUCAUAAUGCAGAAGAUGGAAGGUUGAAAUGAAUGUCCCCUAAUCAUUCUGUAAAUCUCUACAUAUUUCUUUUCUUGUCAUUGGGUCUCUGACAAGUUUGCUAGCACCUUUGUUCCAGCCACACUACUACUCUCCUUUCCUGCUCGAUCAAAUCCAGUCCUUGUAAUGAAAAGCCAGAGAUUGAUGUCCUUGUGGCAGGGCUGCAGGGGGCUUUAAAAGGAGGAGAAUGGAUAAGUCAAGAAGCCAAUGGUUUGAAAGUCCAAGCUUCAGAAAGCAGUGAGUGAGUGGCCUAAGGAAUUUAACAGAUCAUGGUGUCCACUAAAGGAAAGGUCAGAACAGGACACAGAGUGACCAGCCGUGCUUGACAUUGUGAUACUUUCUACAACUUGGCCAAGAUCUCUCUCAUGGAGGAGAAGAAAAUGAAAAUUUUUGGACUCUGUUCUUCAGCUUCACAUCUUCCCUGAGAUUUGAAUAUUCAGCGUGUAAAGGUCAGAUGACUGUGGGACACUGUUGAAGGAUUUGAAGUCUGUUUUGUAGCUUUCACUGUUAAUUUAGAAGAAUUUUCUGAAAGAGAAAUUGUGGCUUUUUCAGUGAUUCAUUAUCAGGUAUUUUAUCAUUAAUAUUUGAUAACAGCUUGAUGAAAAUCAAUAACUUUCUCAAGAAUACUAUUGACACAAAUGGACCACAAUGGAUUCCUAAUCAGAGUUAGUUUGGAGUUUCUGAUAAUGUUAUGUCUUUAAUUUAAUGUCACUCAAUCAUAUGACAUUACCCAACAUAAAAGCAUCAUGACAAGGACAGAAUCCCCCAGUGUCAUACACAACCCCAAAUGAAGUAGCUCAACCCCGAAGAUCAAGGAACCAUUCCAGCUCAGAUAGGGCCUUAGCACUAUGGAAACAUUAAAGCUCUAAUCUUGUUCUGUCUCUCUAGGAUGAGUUUAAAGAUCAGUCAGGGUUUUACCCCAAGCAGAACCUAACCAGCAUUCCACCAACCACAUCCUCAAUUCCAUCCUCAAAUCCACCCUUCCCCACAGUCAUCCCUCCUGCAUCUGGAUCAGUGGUGCUGGAAGAGCACAGCAAUUCAGGCAGCAUCCGAGGACAGGAAAAAUCGACCUGA